CUACUUCUUUAUUGGAGCUUGAUUCAAACAUUCCUUAUAAUAUAUUUAUAAGGAAUUUAAAAUCAUUAAAAGCUGGACAAGUUGUUGUAAAUUUUGAUAUAAUACUUGAAAAGAAUAGAAUAAUAUUUCAUGGCUCACGUGAUGAUAGUAAAAUAAGAACUGUGAGAGGUAAAGUGAGGCUUGAAGUGGCUGGUAAAUUAAAUGUCAAGGAAAUCAUUCUAUCACUUGUAGAAAAACAAGGAACUGUCUUUUCAAGUUCCAUAUUAUUAGAAAAUAAAAGAGUAUUAUUAUCAGGGAUUCAUGAAUUUCAUUUUGAAUUUCUUUUACCAGGAGAUUUAUCAGAAUCAAUGAAUUCAGAUGCAGUUUUAUGUAAAUAUUUUCUUAAGGCGGAAUUAAUGACCAGAUUUCCAAGUGAAUUAUCAAUAGAUAACAACAAAUCAGUUGACAUUGUUGAUUUGUUUAUCGAAAGAGCUUUUCUAGAAUCUGAUGAUGACAUAACAAAUGGAUUAAGGCCAACAAGAUUCAUUGGUGGAAAUAAUGAUUUACUUGAUUUUGAAUUCAUAUUGCCAAAAAUCAUGAAAUUAAAUUCAAAUUCAAUUGAAUUUAUUGGUAGAUGGAGUGGCUUUAAUAGAGUUGAUAAGAUUAGUUUUUGUUUUGUCCAAAGUGAAUGCUAUAACAUUGCAAAUAAUGGAUGUAUUGUUCACAAUGAAAAAUCAAUUGCUGGACCAUUCUGUUUCCAAUUACCAAAAAACGUGCCAUUGAGACUUCAAAGCAGACCAACAAUAUUUAAAUUACCAAUAUGUGAAUCUUUUGUAAAUGAUUAUGAUUUAGUUAAUAUUAAAAUAAGACAUCAAUUAGAUGUUAAGAUCCAAUUAAAUAACUUUAAAAAAGAUCAAAUUGAAUUCAGCAUUCCAAUCUCAGUCAAGUCAAUAAUACCUAAUCAAGAUACUUUGCCAUUACCUCACAAAAUCGAUCUUUCAAAUAGUGUUGCCUGUUUACAAUUGGGAAAUGAAAUCUAUACAAAUGGCCUAAAACUUGGUCAACGAAAAGUUUUAUUUGGAUGUAUUAAAAAAGGUUUGACAAAAGAAGAGCUCAAAGUGCCACUGCUAUCAAGUUAUAUUUCAGAGCAAACGGCAUAUCGUCAUGGUGAAGACAAUCUACAUGAUACUAUAAUUGGUCUUUCACAGAACUUUGUGGGAUCAAAUAACAUUAAUUUAUUGGAACCUAUAGGACAGUUUGGAGAAAGGAAAGAUGGUGGUAAAAGAAGUGCUGCACAUGAUAUAAUAGAUGCAUUUUAUGAAAUAAGAUUAAAUUUGUAUGAAAAAAGAAGGGCAGAAAAAGAACAAAAAAUGAAGAUGAUGGAUAAUAAAAUCAGAUUUAUUUCCAUGAAACUUGAAGGAUACAACUAUUUAUUAAAAAUAUGGUUGUCUGAUGAUGAUGGGGUAAUUAAUGAAUUAACAAAAAUCACAAAUAUGACAGCCAAAGAUCUUUGGUUAAAAGACUUGGAUGUAUUGGAGGCUGGAUGGAACGAAUUUAAUGAUCAUCAACAAUACAAUAAUAAUAAUACAGAAAAACAUAGAAUUGGUGAUGAUGAUGAUGAAUUAUCAUCAAAUCAAGCAUCAACAAGUAAAGUUGGAGGAAGAGCAUUGAAGAGAAGAAAAUGUUCUAAUUAA